ACGCACUUCAGGACUCGCCCUCCAGCUCUCGGCCCAACGUGCCCGUGCUACCUCCUCUGCCUGCCUCGACAUCCGCCCAGUACCGCGCCCCUUGUAGAGCAACCCUAGCACAGCACCACCAGCACACGCCACCAGCACAGCGCCACCAGCACAGCACCACCAGCACAAUGUCUCCGCAACAGCCCGCUCCGGGUUCGCCAGGCGCGCCCCUUGCCAGACUGGCCGACGACACGACGACGACAGAGGGGGAGAGCUUGCUCAUAAAGGGGAAGAAGCUGCUGGGGCUGGGCGGCCCGCAGGAGGGGAUUGGACAGGCUGAGAAGGACGCGUUUGCUAUCGCUGGAGAAGUCGCGCCAACACGAACCCUCGCGCCGGCGUCCAACUCGACAUUGACCUCUGCGCCGGCGCCUGCAUCGACGCCAUUUGCGCCAUCGCUGCUCCCUUCUCCGCCCCUGACUGCGUCGCCGUUUGAUCGACGAGCGUCUCCCCGCGGCAGCCCGCGCAUAGCGCCCAUUGGCAUUGGCGCGUCGCCCAACCGCCGCAGCGUCCACUGCGCGUCGUCGCCAGGGCUGCACUCGCCGGCGUCUUCGCAGAUCUUCGAGCGCAAUGUGCAGGAGCCUGAGCCGUCGCCGGCGAUCCCCAGCCACGUCAAGACCGAGGACAUGAUACCGCCUGCGCUGGAUGCGUCUGCGCUGGCCAUCACAGACGGCCACCUCAGCCCGGAGAAGGUGGAGAUCAUCACACACUCGGCGCACCAGCCUGCUGCUGCAAGCGUGUCUGCCAGCAUGGCGGAGUCGGUGUACUCGCCAUCGCUGGCGCCGGAAGACUCGGUGGUGUCUGGACACACGAGCACGACGGAGACGACGGAGGCCAUGUCCAACUACGGAUCGCUCGACUCGGAAGACGUCAAGCGUCUCAGCUUCAUCUCGUUUGCCGACGUGGUGCAGGCAGAGCACGUUGAGAACGACAGGGAGUCGUUUGGGCCCGCAGAGGGCAUCCAGUUCAUGAGCCUCAACUCGACGUCGGCCAACCGGUCGCCGUCGCCUGUGCGGUCAACGCUGUCGUCACAGGGCAGGACGGCAUCGCCCCCGACCAGCGGGGGGCCGACCAGCGGGGCACCGUCAGAAAAGGGUGUCGAGCACUCGGGCACACGCUCAGCCGGCAGUUCCCCGCCCCCACACGUGGCACACAACGCACCGCUGAGCGAAGAGCUGCCUCUGCAGGUCGAGACGAUGCAGCAGGCGAUGCGCAAGCCAGGCACGGCCAGCCAUUCACCUUCACAGCCUCUCUCGGUAGUGAGCACCGAGGACGAGAACGCGUUUAGAUGAGCGGCGGUCCACACGAGCAGCGCGGACACUCUGAUUAGGCGGCGGUCGGGCGUGGGCGUGUGCAGGUGGCUGCUG